AUGUUUUACUCCGGGAUCCUCACAGAGCCAACAAGAAAGGACGUGGACAUGAGGGAAGCGGCAUCUCUCCGACAACAGAGAAGAAUGAAGCAGGCUGUUCAGUUUAACCACAAGGACUCUGCCGACCUGCUGCCAUUAGAUGGGCUGAAGAAACUGGGAACUUCAAAAGACACUCAACCACACAACGUCCUGCAGAGACGCUUGAUGGAGACAAACAUGUCAAGGUUGCGGCACAGCCGAGGGUCAUCCUCUCAGAAGAAUGACCUUUCAGUGCAGGCGAAUAAACUAAAUCAAAUGAAGCUGGACAGUCCCAAGGAAACAGAACAAGAAGACCUCAUCCUGGUAUGCUGCCAGUGUUCUGGGAAGGAGCUGCAAGUAGCAAUUGAUACGGGAUGUCAGCGCAACAUCAUACCAUCUGCCUGUUUGGAGCGACUAGGGCUAAAGGAACACGUGCAAUUCUACAAGACUGAAGAGGAGAAGAUUUUAUUGCCACACAAUAUGAAAGUGAUUGGCCAUAUAGAACAUCUGGCUCUUACAAUAGGGAAUAUCCCUGUGGACUGUUCUGCAGUGGUUACAGAAGACGAUGAGAAACACUUCACUCUUGGGUUACAGACACUGAAGUCUUUGAAGUGUGUGAUAAAUAUGGAGACGCAUCACCUGGUCCUGGGAAAGUCAGACAGGGAAGAAAUCCCAUUUGUUGGUAAUGUCUCUUCACAUGAAGAGAAGUGA